GCCGCGCCGGCCGGCCCGCACCGUGUUCUCGGCCGGCCAGAUGGCCUCCCUGGAGCGCGAGUACGCCGCCAACCGCUACCUGAGCACGCCACAGCGCCGCCAGCUGAGCCAGCGCCUCCAGCUGGCCGAGGCCACCGUCAAGGUCUGGUUCCAGAACCGGCGCAUGAAGGAGAAGCGCCAGCAGAGCGAGAGCCAGAUGCACUACCUGAGCCAGGUCAUGCAGUCGUACAUGUACCAGCUGCAGUGCGUCGGCGUGGUGCCGCCGCCGCCGCCGCCGCCGCCGCCGCCACCGCCGCCGAGUCACCCGCUACCGCCGCUACAGCUGCCACUGACGCCGCCGGCUGCGCCUGUGACGUCACCAGCUGUGCCUGUGACGUCACCGGCUGUGCCAGUGACGUCACCGGUGGACCUGUGCCGGCCGCGAGUCCGAUCACACCACCACCUCUUCAGGCCAUACGCUCUAUGAGCGUGCAGGUCAUGUUCGGUACCGCGCGUUUGUGUUUUGUGUGAUCGCCACCGCCCGUGAAAUGUUGCCAUCGUAGCUGCUUCGUGCCUCCAGAGAUCUGCGAGGACGCGGCGCGAGAUGAACCGGGAUGUACAGCAGGUCCAGGUUUCCAGCCGUUAGUACGUCUGCGUAAAUUAACCAAGCAGUAAAAGCGCCGCCUGUGAGCGCCGUCUGGUUAGACGAUGACUCACCGGUAUUCCUUGAGACGCUUUACGACCCGCUGACGAUGCUCGUCGUUCUCCGAACGCCUCGGCUGUGUCGCAGCGAGCCGUCCUGGCUGAGGCUCGCGUGGUAGGAGAACGGCACGAGUGCAGACGACGCACGCUGCAGGUGCAGUGCUGCCGCGUAGCCCGUGCUCCUCCUGUCGGUACGCAUAUGCUGGGUGGGCUCACUGUUCUCAUCGGUAGUAGGCAUGGUGGCACAGCCCCACCCCCCCCCCCCCCAUAGGUAUGGUUGGUGAGGUUCCAGCACUAUAUUUGCGUUGCCGCUCUGUGGUUGAUAUUUACGCUUCACUUCAUGAACCCCGUUUGUGUAUUCCCGCGUUGUUUUGUGAGUAGUGCACCACAGUAGCGCUGGAGAUGUUCUGUUAUUGGUGUCAAUACAUUUAUUCUUGUACCCAGA